UUAAUGGGUUAGGGUUUCGCAUUUCACACAGAGACUAAGAGGAGCAGCUCGCCAUGGGGAGAAGACCAGCAAGGUGUUAUCGCCAGAUCAAGAACAAGCCCUAUCCGAAGUCAAGGUUCUGCCGGGGUGUGCCUGAUCCGAAGAUCAGGAUCUAUGAUGUUGGAAUGAAGAAAAAGGGCGUCGAUGAAUUCCCCUUCUGUGUGCAUUUGGUAAGUUGGGAAAAGGAGAAUGUGUCCAGUGAGGCACUAGAAGCUGCACGCAUUGCCUGCAACAAGUACAUGACCAAGUUUGCAGGAAAGGAUGCCUUCCACUUGAGAGUCAGAGUGCAUCCAUUCCAUGUAUUGCGUAUCAACAAAAUGUUGUCGUGUGCGGGGGCUGAUAGGCUCCAAACUGGUAUGAGGGGUGCUUUCGGUAAGCCUCAGGGAGUUUGUGCACGUGUGGCCAUUGGACAGGUCCUUCUGUCUGUGCGCUGCAAGGAUUCCAACAGCAAUCAUGCCCAGGAGGCCCUGCGCCGUGCAAAAUUCAAGUUUCCAGGUCGUCAAAAGAUCAUUGUCAGCAGGAAAUGGGGAUUUACAAAGUACAGUCGCCCAGAUUAUAUUAAAUGGAAAUCUGAGAACAGGAUCAUUUCUGAUGGUGUGAAUGCAAAGCUUCUUGGAUGUCAUGGACCUUUGGCUAAUAGGCAACCCGGAAGAGCAUUUCUGUCCGCUGCUAUUGAAGGAUGAAUAUAUCUGGACGGGGAAUAUCAACACUUUUUGCAUUUCUUCAUUACUUCGGACUAAGAAUUUUCUUUUUCUUGAUUAUCUGGAUUUUUCUCUCCGAUAAAACAAUUUUUCUAUCAAGUUUUUAUAAAUUGGAUUUCUUUGAUAUAAUUUAGUUUUUGGCACAACACUUUAUAUAUA